GCGUUAGUGGCGCUGGAGUGUCUCUUGGCCAAGCUGGAGGAUAUAUAAAGCAGCUGUCCAUCCGCCGAGCCUGGGAACCCUUGUUUUUCGUCGCCCCUAUCAUCUGUAGUUGCGACCAGCACUCCGUGCGUUCCAGCAACACGUAAGGAUGAACUGGCCAGCUUUUCCUGAGCCUGGAGGUCACUCCCCCUCAGCAGGGGUAGCCCGUUCUUCUCCAUACCCGCCGUCACCCAACCGCAACGUUAACUACCCAAUGCCAUCACCAUCCCAACCCGUCGGAACGCCACGGUCGGCCGGGUACCAGGAAAUAUACGCUGACGGACAAGCCAUCCGCGUGCCUCCCGGCGCCGAACAUCAUCCUUCCGGCCACGGCCGCAGCCAUAGCUAUAGCCGGCCGCCUGCGCAAUCGCACCACCAUAGUCACUCGCAGCCUCAGUAUAAUCAACCUCAGUACAGUCAGUCCCAGUAUCUGCAGCGUCAUCACGCGCAGUAUCUGGUGCAUGCCCAGCACGGCGGGCUCGUCCCGCUUCAGCACCCCGAUUUCCAGUAUUCUAGGUGUACGGGGCGGAAGAAGGCUCUACUUAUUGGUAUAAAUUAUACUGGUCAGCGUGAGGAGCUCCGCGGGUGCAUCAACGAUGCCAAGAGCAUGUAUUACUUCCUUCGAGAGCGUUAUGGCUUCCGCAAAGAAGACAUGGUUCUGCUCCGAGAUGACGCUCACAAUCCUCGCGACAUCCCGACGAAGAAGAAUAUGCUCGAUGCGAUGAGGUGGCUCGUCAAAGACGCACAGCCUCACGACUCGUUGUUCAUACACUACUCCGGUCACGGCGGGCAGACCAAAGAUUUAGACGGCGACGAAGUCGAUGGUCUUGAUGAAGUCAUCUUCCCACUCGAUUACAAGAAGGCUGGAACAAUCACGGAUGAUGUGCUGAAUGAAAUACUGGUGAAGUCUCUGCCUAAGGCAUGCCGUUUGACGGCCGUCUUCGACUCCUGCCACUCUGGAUCCAUAUUAGAUCUUCCGUUUCUGUAUCACUCCGACGGAAGGAUCAAGCGAAGCCAAGUAACAGACAAGUUCCGUAAGCAGCGGUCUACUCCCGCCGAUGUCGUUUCUUUCAGUGGAUGUAAGGACGCACAGACGAGCGCGGACACGUAUGAAGGCGGCCUCGCCGUCGGUGCCAUGAGCUACGCAUUCGCGUUAUCCCUCAAACGUUCGCCCGAGCAGACCUACGCUCAGCUACUGAGAUCCGUCAGAGAGAUCUUGAAUAAGAAGUAUAGUCAGAAGCCUCAGUUGACCUGCUCUCACCGACUGGACACCAACCUGAAGUUCAUUAUUUAA